AUGGAUAUCCUCGUCUCUGCAAUCGUAGGCGACCUCAUCAGCAGGUCAGCUUCGUUCGUGAUCAGCAAAUACUUCCAGCAGCAGCCUGGCAUCGACCGGAUUCUGCGGAGGCUACAGAGUGUCCUACUGAGAAUCGACAUCAUCGUCGAGGAGGCCGAGGCGCGGGACAUCACCAACCAGGGGAUGCUCCGUCAGCUCAAGAUGUUGAGGCAAGGAAUGUACAGAGGCCGCUACGUUCUCGAUGCCUUGAGCUUCCAAGCUUCCCUCGACGAGAAGGAGGGGGAGGAGGAGAUGAGCCACUCCUCAUCUGCACUGUCUAAAGGCAGUUCAAUCAAACGCCUUCGUUUCUCUCACACACGUUGUGGUAGCAGCAACAGAGAAGCAGUGUUGUUCGGCACGAACAACAUGCGAGAAGAGCUGCAACGGAUGGUGGACACCCUUGAAGACACCGUGGCUGGUAUGAAGGAGUUUCUUUUCUUCUUGGAGUUAUAUCCUCGCAUCCUCCGCCAACCUUAUGGCACGUAUCUGCUGUUGGACAACUGCAUGUUUGGUCGCCAAACAGAACGGGAACGGGUCCUAAAUUUCUUGAUGUGUCCUACUCAAGAUUUGGCUGUACUUCCGAUCGUUGGUCCAAUAAGAGUAGGGAAGAGCACUCUUGUUGAGAAUGUCUGUAGGGAUGAGAGUGUGCGUGAUCGCUUCUCGAUGAUCCUCUUCUUUCCAAAAGGAAGUCUUAAGGAUGAAGGAGUGAUCAACCUGAGAGAAAACAAUAUUAAAUUCAGGCAUCAGAAUUUUGCUUCUCGAAACAGGUUGCUGAUUAUUAUUGAACUAGCCAAGGAUAUUAACGAGGAAACAUGGAGAAGUCUGAAAUCUUCCGUAACCUGCAUGACACCUUGUGGCGGGAGCAAAAUCAUAAUUACCAGUCGGUCAGAUAGAAUUGUGAAUCUGGGAACAACGGGAGCACUUCGACUGGACUAUAUCUCUCAAGAAGCUUAUUGGCAUUUUUUCAAGUCAAUUGCAUUUGGAAGCAUAAAUCCUGGCGAGCAUCCAAAACUGGCAACUAUGGCUAUGGAGAUCGCUUUGGAACAGAGACAGUGUUUCACAAGCGCGCAUGUUGUUGCUGGGUUACUGCAACAGAACUUCAAUGCUCAAUUCUGGUGCGCAGUUCUUGAAUGUGUACGAGCAAGUAAACAGGCAAAUCUCCUUAUGUUUGACCAUAACCCGUACCUUCGUUUGCGGGAAGAUGCACCAGUGUAUUGUUGGAGAUUGGUGAAGAGCCACAGAUAUUUCAUGCUUUGCAACUAUCAUCAGUCAGAUUCCAGUGAGAAUGUCCCUAAGAUCAAUCUGCGGGACAUUCUCUUAGGAUGUGGUGGUACACUACCCUGUGGAGAAUUUGAGGCUCUUGCAUGGAGGUCUCGCAUACCGCCCUACUACAACUACACAAUAAGCUGUAACAUGCAAGCACCAGAACUUACCGUGGGAAGGAAGAAGCGUGUGCAUCAAGAGGAAGAACAUUUUAUUUGA